AUGGCCAAACGUGUAUUUGAUCAAAUUAAGGAUUACAAAGAAAAUAUUUUUCAUAAUGAUGAUAAAGUUGAAAUUAAGCAAGCACGUUUUACUGUAAAUAAUAAACCAUUUGAAAUUCACUAUGGAAAAUUUAAUCAAAAAGAUUUAGAAGACUUGCAUUUAGUAGUUUUAAAAUCAUUAGAUAAAAGCAAAAUAUCUCAUGGUGCAAUUUCAAAUACGCGUCAAAGACUUAAUGAACAAAUGAACAAUCUAGUUCCUUUAUCAUUUAUAAAUAUAGAACAAUCUGCUAUAUCAGAACUAACAAUAGAUCAACCACAUAUUACAGACUUUAAUAUAGUUAAUAAUAUGGUUGAAUCUGUUGGAAAAGGUGGUCAACAUUCUAUAAUUGAUCUUUUAAAUUUUAUGAUUCCAGAAUAUGUAAAAAGAGGACUUUUAAUUCUAAAUAAUACUACUAUUAAACUUCGUAUAUCUGGAGAUGGAAGAAAU